AUGUCACAUGUGCUGAAACAGAAAGUGGCGGACAAUGACACCUCAUUUAAGCCCUUGCAUGGUCGCACAUUGGGUAUGCUGUUCCAAAAACGCAGCACACGCACCCGAGUGAGCUCAGAAUCGGGAAUGUUCAAAUUGGGUGGCCACGCGCUGUUUUUGGGCAAAGACGAUAUCCAGCUGGGUGUAAAUGAGUAUAAGUAG